AUGUCAAAAGUAGUCGCCAUUGCUGGAGGCUCGGGUAACAUUGCCCAGGAAGUCAUCGACGCCAUCCUCGAUCGUGGAGUCUACCAAAUCGUCAUACUCAGUCGCAAAGAUACCGCAUCCGAUGGCGACAGGAAGAAUAAUGUAGCAUGGAAAAAAGUCGACUAUACCAGUCAUGCCUCGCUGGUGGAAGCUCUCACGGGCAUCGACACGCUUCUCUCAUUUACUGCACCGCUCGAUCAGGAAGCUGCCGUGAAAUUUGCACACACAGCUCUUACACGCAGCAAUCGAAGCAGGUGUUCGGAGGUUUGCUCCCUCGGAAUGGGCUUCAGGGUCUGA